AUGGCAUUCGUGAACUUCAUCGAUGAAGACUUAAUGCCUUGCCAAAUAUUUGAUGCUAACGAAACUGGGUUGAAUUACAAAAUGUUUCCAAAAAAAACAUUAGCUUCAAAACUAGAUUCUCUAGCCAAAGGACAUAAAGUGAAAAAAGAACGAGUAACUUUACGUCCUUGCAGUAACGCUUCUGGUGAUUUAAAAUUUCCACUUCUGGUGAUCGGAAAAUCAGCUAAACCUAGAGCUUUCAAAAACGUCAAUAUGAGUGCACUUCCUGCUCAAUACACUUCACAAAAAUCUGCUUGGAUGAACGGAAACAUUUUUAAAAAUUGUGAAAAUGAAUUACGAGAUGGUGAAAUGUACAUGAAAUUUUUGCCACCCAACGUAACGGCAUUGAUAAAACCAAUGGAUCAACGUGUGAUUAAAACAACAAAACGGCUUUACAGAAAAAAGUUGAUCGUGUUUCUUUUAGAGCAACAAGAAGCGAACCCGUUGGUUAACUUUAUGGAUCUUUUAAAAAAAGUAACAAUAAAAACUGUUCUUUAUUUAGCCGCAGAAGGGUGGGAAGGAAUUAAGAAACACUUCAAAAAAGUUGGAAAAAAUUUUUUUCAAGAGUUGAAAGGUUGUGCCGACGUGAAAGUAAAUGAUAUUUCUGAAUGGAUAAACGGUGACACCGAUGUUGGUCAUCAGGUUCUCAGUGAAGAUGAAAUUGUAAAUGCAUGUAUUGAAAACAUAGAAAUAGAAGUUGACAGUUCAGAAGAUGGAGAUGAUGGUACAGAUCAAUCAACGGGCCCAACACAUGGUGAAGCAACUGUAAUGCUGGAGCAGUUGAUGACUUACUUCGAGAAACAAAUUGAAAUUGAUCGUAUUGAAAGAAUAUUCAAUAAAAGUUUAUAG